CGUGUCUGUGAGUCAAAGGAACAAGAGCGGAGCAGCUGAGCCGGGAUUUAUUUACCUGUCGCUCCUCAACGGUGCGUUUACGGACCUGCUCUCCAACACACCUGCGGGGGAUUGGAGGAAGUGUUGCGGGACCGGAGAGGAAUUUAGGAGACUCUUUUCUAAAACUGUGUGUGACAUCUGGGGACCUGGUCGCACUUCUGCUCGGUCAACAUCUUCUCCGAGAUGCAAACGUCCGGGAAGCAAUAACCAUGGUGUCACUCAAUGAUUGUGUGAGGUCGUAGCCAAUCAGCAGCAGCGUCAGGACCAGAGGAGAGCGCACCAGCAGUCCCACCAUGGACCUGAGAUGCAGACGGCUGUGGCCUCUCACCAGGGGAGCUCUUUAUCUCCUGCUGCUGGCCAGACUGGUGCUGCCUUCUCACUCAGAGAGCAUGCCCGGCUUCAUCAAGUCCCCCGAUGACCAGACGGGGAUUUCGGGAGGAGUGGCGUCGUUCGUGUGCCAGGCGGUGGGCGAGCCCAAACCUCGCAUCACCUGGAUGAAGAAGGGGAAGAAAGUCAGCUCUCAGCGCUUUGAGGUGAUAGAGUUCGAUGACGGCUCGGGCUCGGUGCUCCGUAUCCAGCCUUUGAGGACCCACCGCGACGAAGCCAUCUACGAAUGCACAGCCACCAACAGUGUGGGAGAGAUCAACACCAGCGCCAAGCUCACUGUCUUGGAGGAGGACCAGAUCCCCCACGGCUUCCCCACCAUCGACAUGGGCCCCCAGCUGAAGGUUGUGGAGAGAACGCGCACAGCCACGAUGCUGUGUGCGGCCAGCGGCAAUCCCGACCCGGAGAUCUACUGGUUCAAAGACUUCCUGCCCGUGGACAUCGGCAGCAGCAACGGGCGCAUAAAGCAGCUGCGUUCAGGAGCACUUCAGAUUGAGAACAGCGAGGAGUCGGACCAGGGCAAGUACGAGUGCGUGGCAGUCAACAGCGCCGGGACUCGCUACUCUGCCCCGGCUAACCUUUAUGUUCGAGUUCGCCGCGUGCCCCCCCGUUUCUCAAUCCCGCCCACCAACCACGAGGUGAUGCCCGGCGGCAGCGUCAACCUGACCUGCGUGGCGGUGGGCGCUCCCAUGCCUUACGUCAAGUGGAUGAGCGGCGAGGUGGAGCUCACCCGGGAGGAGGAGAUGCCCAUUGGCCGCAACGUCCUGGAGCUCACCAACAUCCGUCAGUCAGCCAACUACACCUGCGUGGCCAUAUCGUCCCUGGGCAUGAUCGAGACCACGGCCCAGAUCACGGUCAAAGCCCUGCCCAAGCCGCCCACCUCCCUCACUGUGACAGAAACCACAGCCACCAGCGUCACCCUAACCUGGGACUCUGGCAACCCAGAACCGGUGUCCUACUACGUGAUCCAGUACCACGCCAAACUGUCUGACAACGGCUUCCAGGAAAUAGACGGAGUGGCCACGACCCGGUACAGCAUCGGUGGCCUCAGCCCCUUCUCGGAAUACGAGUUCCGCGUCAUAGCCGUCAACAACGUCGGCCGAGGGCCUCCCAGCGGCGUCGUGGACACUCGCACUAGCGAGCAGGCGCCCUCGUCACCUCCUCUCCACAUCCAGGCUCGCAUGCUGAGCUCCAGCACCAUGCUGGUCCAGUGGGAGCCUCCGGAGGAGCCCAACGGCCAAAUCAGGGGGUACCGGGUCUACUACAGCUCGGACCACGACUCCCCGCUCAGCGCCUGGCAGAAACACAACACAGACGACAGCCAUCUCACCACCAUCUCGGGCCUCACCGCGGAUAUCACAUACAGCCUGAGGGUGCUGGGCUUCACCUCCGUAGGAGACGGGCCUCCCUCUGAUGUUCUGCAGAUCAAGACCCAGCAGGGAGUUCCAGCUCAGCCGUCUGGUUUUGAGGCUGAGGCCGAGCUGGACUCGCGCAUCAUGCUGUCAUGGCUUUGGCCCGUCCAGGAUCCAAUAAUUGGCUUUGAGCUGCUCUACUGGGAGGAUAACAAUCCCACAAACAAGCAUCAUGCCACUUUCAACCCAGCAGGCUCCUAUGCAGUUGACGGUCUGAAGCCAGACACACUCUACAUGUUUUCCCUGGCUGCAAAAUCUGAGAUGGGUUUAGGAGUCUUUACUCAGCCUAUUGAGGCCAGGACAGCCCAAUCCACCCCCUCAGCCCCUCCCCAGGAGGUACGCCUGCUCAGCCUCAGCUCCACCAGCAUCAAGGUGAGUUGGGUGGCACCACCCACAGACAGCAGCCACGGGGAGAUAGCAUGCUACUCCCUAGCCUACCUAGCGCUCACUGGGGAGGACGUGGAACGCCACCAGGUGUCAGGGAUUGCCGCCGAUGUCACCAGCUACGUGCUGGAGGACCUGCAGAAGUGGACUGAGUACUUGGUGUGGGUGAGGGCUCACACUGACGUCGGGCCCGGCCCAGAGAGCUCUGCAGCCUGCAGCAGAACCAAGGAAGAUGUGCCCGGAGCCCCUCCCAGGAAGGUGGAGGCAGAUGCCCUCAACUCCACGGCUCUCAGGGUGACCUGGAAGCCUCCGCUGUCUAUGAAGCAGCACGGCCAGAUCAGAGGCUACCAGCUGGUCUACUCCAGACUAGAGAACGGAGAGCCUCACGGCCAGCCGGUCAUCAUGGACGUUUCCCUCCCCGAUGCCCAGGAGGCCAUUGUAACAGGUCUGCUGCCAGAGACAACCUACUCUGUGACUGUGGCUGCUUAUACCACUAAGGGCGAUGGAGCUCGCAGCAAGGCCAAGGUGGUCACCACCACAGGAGCAGUGCCUGGCAAGCCCACUAUGAUGAUCAGCACCACCAUAGGGAACACUGCCCUGAUCCAGUGGCAGCCUCCCAAGGAGAUGGUCGGGGAGCACGUGGGAUACCAGCUGCAGUAUAAGAGGGCCGAGGAGGAGGCGUUCACCAUCAAAGACUUCAGGAAGGCUGACGAUCAUUUCACAGUGACCGGCCUCCACAAGGGAGCCACCUACAUCUUCAAACUGUGCGGCAAAAACCGAGCGGGCAACGGGGAGGAGUACGUGAAGGAGAUCAGCACCCCCGAGGACGUUCCCAGCAGCUAUCCGCAGAAUCUGAGCGUGGUUGGUCUGACCGCCACCUCUACCAACCUGGCCUGGGAGCCCCCUCCUCUGGCUGAGAGGAACGGGAAGGUUGUGAAGUAUGCUGUGGUGUACCGAGAUAUCAACAGCCAGCACAAUAACACCAACAGCACCACAGAAACGCAGAUGACCGUCCAUGGCUUGCAGCCAGACACAACCUACGACAUCAGAGUCCAAGCCUUCACCAGCAAGGGGGGGGGACCCAUCAGCCCCAGCAUUCAGAGUCGGACCAUGUCCACCUCCAUGCCAGACCUUCCCUCAGUGUUCACCAAGAACUUUGCCGUGAAGGCUGUGAUGAAAACCUCUGUCCUGCUGACCUGGGAAGUGCCAGAAACCUACAAAUCCCAAGUGCCUCUCAAGAUCCUGUACAACCAGCAGAGUUUGGAGGUUCAAGGCAACCUGAAGAGGAAGCUGAUCACACAGCUGCAGCCGGAUACAGAUUAUUCCUUUGUGCUUAUGAGCCGGGGGAACAGUGCCGGCGGCCUCCAGCAGCAGGUUUCCAUUCGAACAGCCCCAGACCUGCUGAAGAUAAAGCCAGCUCGAUACCAACACGAUGGGGAGAAUGGGGGAAAAGUGACCAUCAGUUUGUCCAGGGUGCCUUCUGAAGCCCCCGUCAGGUGCUACUACAUAGUGGUUGUCCCAGUCACCCCGGUUUCUCUGAAGAGAUGGGAGAACCCCGAAGACAUGGACAUACAUGAGCUCCUGGAGGCCGGUGCUGACAGCCGUCUGCAGAGACAGAAGAGACAGAGCCAGGACUUCCUGCAGCCCUACAUCGCUGCCAAGCUGGACGCUCUGCCCGAGAUCUUCACCCUGGGUGACGAGAAGACAUACAACGGCUACUACAACAAAGCCCUCCCUGGCCAGCAGCAGUACCGCUGCUUUGUUCUGGCUGACUUGACGGACCACGAAUCUACGUUUGCAGCCAGCCCGUUCUCUGAGCCCAUCAUGGUGAAGCUCCACAGUGGGAUGACUCGACAAACUGAGGACCCAGAGAUGCUGUGGGUGAUGGGUCCGGUGCUGGCGGUCAUUCUCAUCAUCAUCAUAGUCAUUGCCAUUCUGCUCUUCAAGAGCAACCAAGAGAGGAAACGAACAUCCCCAGCCAAGGAUGAGCACAUGGCGGGGGUCAAAGACUCACUGCUGGCCCACUCCUCAGACCCUGUGGAGAUGAGGAGACUCAACUAUCAGACACAAGGUUCCAGUGCCCUCAGUUGCCCGAACACUCCAAGGAUGAGGGAACACCCUCCAAUCGCUCUCUGUGACCUGGCAGACUACAUAGAGCGGCUCAAGGCCAAUGAUGGUCUGCGCUUCUCUCAGGAGUACGAGUCUGUUGAUCCAGGACAGCAGUUCACCUGGGAGCACUCCAACCUGGAGGUCAACAAGCCAAAGAACCGCUAUGCAAAUGUUAUUGCCUACGACCACUCCAGGGUCAUCCUCACACCUGUGGACGGCGUUCCGGGCAGCGACUACGUCAACGCCAACUACAUCGAUGGCUACAGGAAACAGAAUGCCUACAUCGCCACACAGGGGCCGCUGCCGGAGACGCUGAGCGACUUCUGGAGGAUGGUAUGGGAGCAGAGGACCUGCACCAUCAUUAUGAUGACCCGCCUAGAGGAGAAGUCACGGGUGAAAUGUGACCAGUAUUGGCCCAGUCGAGGCACAGAGACAUAUGGGAUGAUCCAGGUGACCAUGCUGGACACUGUGGAGCUGGCUACGUACAGCGUGCGCACAUUUGCCCUCUAUAAGAAUGGCUCAAGUGAGAAGAGAGAGGUUCGACAGUUCCAGUUCAUGGCCUGGCCUGACCAUGGAGUGCCCGAGUAUCCCACCCCAACACUAGCCUUUCUACGCAGAGUCAAGGCCUGUAACCCUCCAGACGCUGGACCCAUGGUGGUCCACUGCAGCGCCGGCGUGGGCCGCACAGGCUGCUUCAUCGUGAUCGAAGCCACGCUGGAGAGGAUGAAACACGAAAAGUCGGCGGACAUUUAUGGUCAUGUGACAUGCAUGCGGGCUCAGAGGAACUAUAUGGUGCAGACGGAGGACCAAUACAUAUUCAUCCACGAGGCCCUGCUGGAAGCUGCAACGUCUGGCAACACAGAAGUCCCCGCCCGAAACCUGUACGCCCACAUCCAGAAGCUCACCCAGAUCCCCCCUGGAGACACCGUCACCACCAUGGAACUGGAGUUUAAGAAACUGGCCAACACUAAAGCACAUACCUCAAGAUUCAUCAGUGCCAACCUGCCGUGCAACAAGUUCAAGAACCGCCUGGUGAACAUCAUGCCUUUUGAGUCCACCCGUGUCUGCCUGCAGCCAAUCAGAGGGGUGGAGGGCUCCGACUACAUCAACGCCAGCUUCAUCGACGGAUACAGGCAGCAGAAGGCGUACAUGGCCACGCAGGGCCCGCUAGCCGAGACCACGGAGGACUUCUGGAGGAUGUUGUGGGAACACAACUCCACCAUUGUGGUCAUGCUCACCAAGCUCCGAGAGAUGGGACGGGAAAAGUGCCACCAGUACUGGCCCGCCGAGCGCUCAGCACGCUACCAGUACUUUGUGGUGGACCCCAUGGCUGAGUACAACAUGCCUCAGUACAUCCUGAGAGAGUUCAAAGUCACAGACGCCAGGGAUGGUCAGUCGAGGACCAUCAGGCAGUUUCAGUUCACUGACUGGCCGGAGCAAGGAGUGCCAAAAACCGGGGAGGGCUUCAUCGACUUCAUCGGUCAGGUCCAUAAAACUAAAGAGCAGUUUGGACAAGAUGGACCCAUUUCUGUGCACUGCAGUGCUGGUGUGGGGCGGACGGGUGUGUUCAUCACCCUGAGCAUCGUGCUGGAGAGAAUGAGGUACGAGGGCGUGGUGGACCUCUUCCAGACCGUCAAGACGCUCCGGACCCAGAGACCGGCCAUGGUGCAGACAGAGGACCAGUACCAACUGUGCUACCGGGCUGCUCUGGAGUACCUGGGAAGCUUUGAUCACUAUGCAACAUAACCCCGCCCAGAAAGACACGAGUCCUGUGUCUCCUCUGAGCCACAUCAGCCCCCCCGAGGCCUGAUGGGGAGGCGACAGUACGAGGAGGUGACCACAGCAGGAAACAGUGGGAGGGAAGAGGAAAAGAGGAGAGGGGACAGGGGUACGUCCUCCUGCACCGGUGCCAUGAUUCUGCCACAGACCCGACACCAAAACCUCUCAAAAAGACUUGUAGUUCUGCCUCAUUGCGAUUCCUGACUGGAUACUCCCGUCACUCUCCCGCCUCCUCCUCAUAGCAAAAACAAAUGCUCUGCUUUCAUUUAUACUCAUCAUUACUAUGUUGUUAUGAAUAUGUAGAAUUUAUUUUGUAAUCACUUACACUGGUUAUUAUGUCUUAAUGGGUCUUUUUUUUCAUUUGCUUUUUAAUGUUUUUCUUAGCACAGAGGACAUGUAUUUUGAACAUUAAUACUGGAGAGCGUAUAGUCACAGCUGCUAAUGAUUUUAUUUUGUACCAUAGAUAUGAUAUUCUAAUGUUAUCAUUGAUCUCAUUUCGGGGCAAAAGUGGGUUUUCUUGAUAUCCGAUAGAACGACGGUGAAAAUAUCACAGAAACAGAUGAAAUCAUGUUUUUAAAACCACAGAAUGAAAUGGACUCAUGGCUGCAAACAUGCAAGACGUCUCACGGCUGAACAACUGCAAGAAGUAAGACUGAUGUUCUCAAAGCAUCAGAAAUAUGGAGACUCAACAGAAGAAAUCUAAGGUUGGUGGAAACAUAGACUCAGGUACACUGAACACAGACAUGGCAGAAGAACAGAAUCCAUCGUGGCACCAAGACUCGCUGCUGGAAUCUAAUCAGAUUGCUUUAGUUACCCAACCUUCACUAUUUCCUUUUUGUCAACCAAUCCCACGGAAACAACGCUAAAACCGAUACUGUGUUGGUCUCUCAAGUCUGUUUCUCUCAGCUCUAAGCUCAUGGCUUCCUACUGAAAAUAUACUGAGUCCCUGGCAGCAGGAUGGUGUGUGUCCACAUCUACUAGAGUGUGUGUGUUCUAGGUGAUGAAGGACCACUGGUGUGUUUUUGAUGGAGCUCAGUGGGCACAGAGGACGAAUAUCUAGGAGGCUAAGAUCAAUUCAUUGUUGGUUUGGCGUGUGGGAUUUGUCGACAAGCAAAACAAACAGAUGCUGUAGAAUAUCACCAGACUUAUUCAUAUCUGAAUGUUCUCUUCAACUUCAACAAUGCUCUGAAUCCCAUAAUGUCCCAACGGUUGAUGUUUAGAAUUUGGGCUUGGUGGACAUUCAAGAAUGUGGGGGGCACUAUUAGAUAUUAAAGAAAAAAGAAAAACUGUAAGUAUGAAAUCACCUCUCCACGUGCUCGAACUCCUUUCAUAUAAUGAACAUUAUGUUGAUCCACACACCGCUUGCAUGGUCCACGCACGCUGUCCUGUCACGGGAGUGAUUUGAUGAUCACGCUCAUCUUAUAACGGCCAUCUUUCUGUUUGCCCACGCGGCUUCAAAAAGACGGCACGCACACGCAGACACACUGGA